AUGGCCAGACAAUCUUCAGUUCUCAGCCAGGUCCUUCCUCUCAUCAUCGUCUUCGCUCUGCUCAGCGUAGGCGGCUGGAUCGGCUACCAAGUCUACAUCAGCGUCGCCAAGAUGUCCGACGCUGCGUCUGAGCGCAUGGGCAAGAAGAACGUCGUUUUCACAAAGGAUGGUGUAAAGGUCGGUGUCAAACAAAUCAAGAACGAAAACUACGUCGAUGCGACGCAGAGCUGGUUCGUCAAGGCGUGGAAUCUAGGCACGACAUCAGAUGCUAGUCAGAGGUGCGUACAUCAUGGCAUCUUUUCUCGUGGAAGUGGAAUAGGUCCUGACAAUGUCUACAGUAAGAAACAGAAAUAA